GAGCGUGGCGUGACCCGGAGCGAGGCCACGGAGCUGGACAUCAACGGGAGGAACGGGCUGAUGGUCGCCUGCUCCAAGGGCUUCGUGGACAUCGUGCCGCUGCUGCAGAAGUGUCCCUACAUCAACGUCAACCAGCAGGACAACGACGGCAACACGGCCCUGAUGAUGGCUGCCCAGGCAGGGCACAUCACCAUCGUCAACUACCUCCUCAACUACUACCCGGCGCUGGAGGUGGACCGGCGCGACCCGCGGGGGCUGACGGCGCUGAUGAAGGCGGCGGUGCAGGGGCGGCGGGACUGCGUCACCGCCCUGCUCCUGGCGGGAGCCGACCUGCAGGCGGUGGACUCCGUGAAGGGAAAGACAGCCAGGGACUGGGCCAACUUCACCGGCCGCUUCGAGACCACCGUGCGCAUCCGGACCCUCCUGCAGCGCCCGCGCGCGGAGCAGUUCGGGUCCCAGUACCAGCCCGAGUGGCCGGCCCUGGCCCAGCUGGUGGCCAAAGCCCUGAGCCCCAAAUCCAGGAGCAGGAGGCUGGCGGAGAAGAUCGGCUCCAUCUUCACCUUCAACAUCCCCCGCGACCCCAGGGAGGACGGCGUGAUGGACCACAUGGUGAGGAUGACCACGUCCCUGGCCAGCCCCUUCGUGGCCACCGCUUGCCAAACCGUCUGCCCCGACAGCCCGCCCGAGGUGGGCAAACGCCGGCUGUCGGUGCCGGAGAUCCUCGGGCACCACGUGCCCGACCCGGAGUCGGAGAUUUCCUCGCGGCCGAGCACCGGGGCAUCGUCCUGCAACGGCCAGGCCGUGUCCGAGGUCCGGCUGCUGCCGCCGCGGCCGCCGCCCGGCCGCCUGCUGAGCUUCCUGCCGCUGUGGCUGCGGCGCGGGAACAGCGUCUUCCCCGGCGAGCCCGUCCCGAAAAUCAAAGUGAGCAAAGCCUCCGGCGCGGCCGCCGGCGAGAGGAAGCCGCGCGUGAAGGACAAGCACCUGCUGCAGCCGCCCAAGUGGAAGUACAAGGUGCUGAAGGAGGAGAAGAAAGCGGCCGAGGAGGCCAAGACGGGGGAGAAGAAGAAGAAGAAGAAGAAGAAAGGCUAA